CUAUACUCUGGUGCCCACAUUCCUUUCAGACCCAAUAAAAAUAAUAAACCGAUCAAUCGCUUUCUCCCCAAGCCUCAUCUUCAUCCUUCUCCAGUGAUGCAUCCAUUAUAUACACCCCAUCUGCCUUCUCUGGAGGACAUAUCAGCUGUGUGGUUUCCUCCGUUCUAUCCACCCUCCCCUCAGCUUUCUUUGGUUUCUCCACGUGGGAUAAACAAUUCAGACUCCAGAGAUAGCUCGAAUGGCCUCCAAGAGAAUUAUUAAGGAGCUGAAGGACUUGCAGAGAGACCCACCAACUUCAUGCAGCGCAGGUCCAGUGGCCGAUGAUAUGUUCCAUUGGCAAGCAACCAUCAUUGGUCCAAAUGAUAGCCCUUACUCUGGGGGUGUUUUCCUUGUAACCAUCCACUUCCCACCUGACUAUCCUUUCAAGCCUCCCAAGGUUGCGUUCAGGACCAAAGUCUUCCACCCAAAUAUAAACAGUAACGGGAACAUUUGUUUGGAUAUACUCAAGGAACAAUGGAGUCCUGCUCUCACCAUUUCAAAGGUUUUGCUUUCCGUUUGUUCUCUGCUCACGGACCCAAACCCUGAUGACCCUCUGGUUCCUGAGAUUGCUCAUAUGUGCAAGACAGACAAAGUCAAGUACGAGUCCACAGCUCGCGGCUGGACCCAGAAGUACGCCAUGGGUUGAAGUCAUAAGCUCCUUUUUGGGUUUUAAUGUAUUCCUUCUCUAGCUCCUGCUCUCAGUUCCCCUUUGGCUAUUCAAACUAAUUGAGGAAAUUUGUGUACACGGUCGGCACUUUUUGGAAUACUAAUCUCUCUACAAAUAAUUGACUAAGAAAAAACUGCAAUUACUACUCUAAAUGUAAUUUGACGAUUUUUUAAUGGUUGAAUUGGUGUCCCUUCUGGGUGUUUCAUGUUUGCUUGA